UAGGUUAUCCAGAGUGUAGUUUUCACCUCAACACCAGCAAAAUGAACAACAACAAAGCUCUGCAUGGCUGUGUGUUGCUACUACUCUGGCCCUUCCAAGGCACUACGGGGUCUAUGGCGGAGUGUCAGGAUCCUGGUAGCACUCACUGCACCAUCUCCCUGGAGAAACUCCUGGACCGGGCCAUCCAACACGCUGAGCUCAUCUACCUGGUCUCAGAGGAGUCUCUCACCUUGUUUGAGGAGAUGUUUAUUCCCUUCCAUGUUCGAAUUCCGUUGACUCAAACAGGGAACACGUGCACCACCAGCACCUUAUCCAUCCCCACUUCCAGAAGUGAGGUCCAAGAAAACUCUGACAAGUGGCUUUUGCACUCCAUUCUGUUCCUAAUCAAGUUCUGGAUUGAUCCCCUGGUCAAGCUGCAGACUUCGUUGGAUCGCUAUGACAAUGCCCCCAUGGCACUGAUCAACAAAACCAAGUGGAUAUCAGACAAGCUGAUGAACCUGGCGCAAGGAGUGACCAUCCUCAUCCAAAAGAUGCUGGGUGAGGGUGAUGUGAUGCUGGAGAAGAACAACAAGAGCCUGGCAGACUACCCUGUGAAUUUUGACAUGUUUGAAUCGGUGCUCAGGGACUAUACCUUACUGGCUUGCUUCAAAAAAGACACCCACAAGAUGGAGACCUUCCUCAAGCUGCUCAAGUGCCGGCGGAAAGGUGGCCUGGGCUGCUCUCUUUUAUAGCAGAGACCCUCCAGUAUGGAGUAGCGUGAAGUUGCUCCUAGAUGCUGACCUCGGGUCAGUUUUGAAUUUCCCCACUAAUGGCUAAGGUUAGGAUUGGGGGAGGAGAUCCUAGAUCUGUACCCAGGGGGAACUUCUCCUCGGAGCCUCCAGUAGAUACAAUCUGUCCUUUCAACCGACUACCUGAAAUGAACACAAGCAUUAUUCCCCUCUUCCUCCAACAACUUCAGCUGCUUUCUGUAGUACCUAUCAACAUGCUAAAGUUAAAUAUGCCAUGUAUGUUCUUGCUGCCCUAUCAAGCUUGCUUGAAUACCUGUAAUGGUAGCUAUAUAGCUAGGUAGGGGUAAAAUGAAAUGGUAUGUGAAUACAUGUCUAUUUCAAAUUUUUACUUUAAGCAAUUCUAACAUGUGCUUAUACAAUCUGUGCUAACAUAGCAUUUAGUAUUUUAUACACAAUAUGUUGACAUAGCAUUCAGCAUAGGAGCUGCAGAAGAUAUGUCUACAAUAUGUCUCCAUGUUUAAAAAAAAGCACCAGGAAUGGGAGCUCGUGUUGCCUUUUUAAGAAGGCAAGCGAGAAGAGAUUAGAACAGCAAAUAUAAGAACAGCAGACCGACAUCUUUGUACAGAGGGGGAGGUAUGACUCAUCGCAAUCCUCCUCAUGUUAGAAUAGAAUAAUAUAUACAGGGACACAACUUUGGUUUUAGAAGUGGGGGGGACAUAAAUUGUCAGGGGGUCUUCCCUCAGAUUUUUUUGGGGGGGGCAUCAAAAGCUUAUUUCCUGCAUUUCUACUAGGGCUGUCCCCAACAAUAACAAAAAUAUUAGUCCACCAAGAGUAGUCUUUUCUUUGGACCAAUCGAUGGGUCUACAUUUUAAAAAGUGUAUUUUUCCGUAUAUAGACACACCCUAUGUGUUUUAAUAAAAUCAACUAUGUGUCCUGAA